AAAAUUUGUGUUUUAAAAUGGCUUCGCUUCCACGUGUGUUAAUUUAUGGCGGAAAAGGUGCGUUGGGCUCGACUUGCAUAUCUUAUUUUAAAGCAAAAAAUUGGGUAAGUUGUACGAGAUUAUUCGUAACUGUUUUGCAAAGUGAUCACAUACGAAGUAGGCUGAAAAGUCGAUGCAUACUACCUGCAUGGUGCACAUGAUUUUGUGAAGUACCUCUUUUUAAUAAAUAAUAUGACACUGUGUAUAUUGUCCGAUUUUGCAUUUUGUUUUAUAAAAUUGAUUUAUUUCGUUAAAUAUUUUUCCGAAGUGAAUUUCCAAAACUGCAUUUCAAUAUCGAGAGUCUCCCAGGGGGGGGGGGGGGGUCUGUUUUCCUUUGGAAAUUUUCCCUUCGUUCUCUUCUUGGAAAUUUUCCAUUCGUUUUCUUCUUGGAAAUUUUCCAUUCGUUCCCACAAAGAUUUCACCAUGUUCCCUUGUUUGCCAGGCUUACAUGUUUUCUUGUUUCCCGUGGUUUUUUGCCUUUGUUCCCAUGUUCCCAUUCCAAAAUAUGCCUUUUUCCCUAGAGAGUAGGGACCCUGAAAUCCUGAAUAUUAAUUUCUUCAACAUAUUUGAUUGCUUUGGAGGGAGGGAUAGGGUGUGUGGGUGUGAACUGGGGAUCAUAAAUAACAGGUUUUGUGCACCAGCUUUUUUCUAUCUCAUCAACGCCUGUUUUCUGGUGAUUGCAACGUCAAAAUAUGGGUGUCGACUGCCAUGUAAAUCAUGUACUAUAAUCAUACAAUCUAACUGUCAAAUAUAAACUGCACUGUUGGCUUGGAAAUGUCAUAAUGGGUCAUUCCAGAAAAGAUCCAUACCCCCCCUACGGAGGAAAUCUAAAAUAACCCCCUCCCCCCCUUCGGACAUCCUUGAAUGGUUCAUCCUCCCUCCCUCUCCGGACAUCCAAGCCCAAAAUUACCCCCCUCCCCUUCGGACAUCUACUAUUUCUAAUUUUUUCUAAAGGCUACCUCGCUGUUUGAAAACGUCACCGAAAAUUAGACUACGUUCACACUACGCGCGAGCGAACUAAUGCGGGCAGGAUUUACGUGUGUUCAUACUACCGCCAUUACAGUUUGUUUACAAAUUGAAUUAGCACUCGUGUAAACCCAAAAUAUUUCAAAUAGACCCAAGAAAUUUAACUGAAAAGCAUUCAAGUUUACACGUUUGUGUUCACACGAAGCUAUCAAGCGCUCCGCCGUUUUCACCUCGCUCCGUUUAGAAACCGUGCUCAAAUUGUUACGGCAAAAGUGACGUGAAAGUUUUCAAACGAUUUGCUCCAGCGUAGAGUGAAUUAGCGAUGGCUUAUUGUGACUUUUCUACACUGUUCUCAAAUAGCUCUGGCGUGGCGGAACACUUGGCGGCUUCUUGUGACUUGCGAACACAAACACGUGGCAGGUUUUGUCGGAUAAUUUGCAGAAAUUCACUUCGAAAUUCGUUCAAGUAAAAUUCGGACUGAAAUUCGAUGUAACUUGCGACUGAUUGACAAGCGUUGCUAUGUUUACUUACAUGUUAAUACAUUUUGUAGUAUUACUGCAUUCCUUAACCUCGCCCUUAAUUAAUAUGAAAGCCAUUUCUAUUUUCUAGAUACACACCUCGCAAGGAAGCUCUUUAUUGACUAUAUACUAAAACAAACUGUUUUGAGUUCAGUUCACAUAGCAGUCUCUUAACUCGAGCAACAGUUUAAUAACUAUUAUUUUUAACACUUGAAUAAUUCAAACUUAUAUAUAUACGAACGAAAACUGCAAACUAUAUAAAUAAAGCGUGUCAAUUUUUGACUCAUUCUCAACAUGCAGGAUACGCUGUUACAGCGAGUUAGUUUUUGGUGGCCAUGCAUGCAAAAGUGGGCCGCUUAUUUUGCUUACGAGUUACGUGGACGUAUAAUUAUUGCUGUUACAUAAACGUUCCGGUGUUCAAGAGCUACAUAUAGCUGAUAAAAAUUGCGUGCUCAUUAUAAUCGCCGAUCACAUAGCUUUAUCACAGUCUCAAACCUUCAGACAAACAUAUCCACAUUCCUCUCCCCCCCUUCGGACAUCCUAAGACAUUUUUCCUCUCCUCCCCCUUCGGACAGCAAAAAUUUCCUCCGUGGGGGGGGGGGGGUAUGGAUCUUUUCUGGAACGACCCAAUACACCCAGAAAGUAUGUAGGGCUUGUUUUUGUAUAUCUAACAUCAGUAGCCCACAUCUCAAUCACGAAAACAAGGCUCUAUUGCCAAUGUGGUGUACUUUACCGAAGGGUGUAUUGAUGGCAUAUUGAAAUACAAGGGAUGCUAAAUGAGCUGCAAAUGAGUGGCUCAUAUAUAUUUUGCUAACUCUCAGUUGUGUUUGUUUACAGUGGGUAGCUUCAGUUGAUUUAUUUCCCAAUGAGGAGGCGGAAGCUAAUCUCAUUGUUACAAAAUUGGAUUCCUGGGUUGAACAGAAUGAAGAGGUUAGUUAUAGGACUAGAUGUUAUAGGACUAGAUGUUAUAGGACUAGAUGUUAUAGGACUAGAGGUUAUAGGACUAGAUGUUAUAGGACUAGAGGUUAUAGGACUAGAUGUUAUAGGACUAGAGGUUAUAGGACUAGAUGUUAUAGGACUAGAUGUUAUAGGACUAGAUGUUAUAGGACUAGCGGUUAUAGGACUAGAUGUUAUAGGACUAGAUGUUAUAGGACUAGAUGUUAUAGGACUAGAUGUUAUAGGACUAGAUGUUAUAGGACUAGCGGUUAUAGGACUAGAUGUUAUAGGACUAGAGGUUAUAGGACUAGCGGUUAUAGGACUAGAUGUUAUAGGACUAGAUGUUAUAGGACUAGAUGUUAUAGGACUAGAUGUUAUAGGACUAGAUGUUAUAGGACUAGAUGUUAUAGGACUAGAUGUUAUAGGACUAGAUGUUAUAGGACUAGCGGUUAUAGGACUAGCGGUUAUAGGACUAGAUGUUAUAGGACUAGAUGUUAUAGGACUAGAUGUUAUAGGACUAGAUGUUAUAGGACUAGAGGUUAUAGGACUAGAUGUUAUAGGACUAGAUGUUAUAGGACUAGAUGUUAUAGGACUAGAUGUUAUAGGACUAGAUGUUAUAGGACUAGAGGUUAUAGGACUAGAUGUUAUAGGACUAGAUGUUAUAGGACUAGAUGUUAUAGGACUAGAUGUUAUAGGACUAGAUGUUAUAGGACUAGAUGUUAUAGGACUAGAUGUUAUAGGACUAGAUGUUAUAGGACUAGAUGUUAUAGGACUAGAGGUUAUAGGACUAGAGGUUAUAGGACUAGAGGUUAUAGGACUAGAUGUUAUAGGACUAGAGGUUAUAGGACUAGAUGUUAUAGGACUAGAUGUUAUAGGACUAGAGGUUAUAGGACUAGUGGUUAUAGGACUAGAUGUUAUAGGACUAGAGGUUAUAGGACUAGAGGUUAUAGGACUAGAGGUUAUAGGACUAGAGGUUAUAGGACUAGAGGUUAUAGGACUAGAGGUUAUAGGACUAGAGGUUAUAGGACUAGAUGUUAUAGGACUAGAGGUUAUAGGACUAGAGGUUAUAGGACUAGAGGUUAUAGGACUAGAUGGUAUAGGACUAGAGGUUAUAGGACUGGGGGUUAUAGGACUAAAGGUUAUAGGACUAGACGUUAUAGGACUAGAGGACUGAAGACAAUUAAAAUUGAGUGCACUGGCUGCUUUAUACUUUCAGGUUCAAACCAAAGUUGAAGAGCUCCUUGGAGGUGAAAAACUUGAUGCAAUCAUUUGUGUGGCUGGCGGCUGGGCUGGAGGCUCGGCUAGGAGCAAAAGUAAGUUAGAAUUCCUUGCAGCUAAUUUUUAAUUCAUUGAACUUAUGUCAACCUGAUGUUUGCCCAUCAGUACUAUAUUUAUUGGUUUGAAUAGAAUAGAGUAUGAAAGAAGUGACAGAGCUAGAGUAUGAAAGAAAUGAAAUAGAAAAGUGGACUAAGCCUGUAGAUUAUUUUAACAGAAGUCUUGGUUAUAUACUGAAUAAAUACUGUUUAAUUAAUUUGAUAGAAUAUGGGGUUAAAAUUGGUGCUUAAAAAUUCAGUAAUUCACAAAACUGUUAAUAAUUUAUAGAAUAAUUUAUUUUUUCCACCCCUAAUAACAAAGGAAUGCUUUUGUAUAUUUAAUGACUUGUUUUAGAUGUUGUAAAGAAUGCUGAUUUGAUGUUCAAGCAGAGUGUAUGGACAUCACUUAUUUCUGCAAGCAUUGCCUCAAAAUGUUUGAAAGAGUAAGUAGUCUCGGAUCAGCCAGAUUUGGUGUGAGGCAAAUGUUAAGUUUAACCCAUUGAAGGCCCCGCUUUCCCUCUGAUGAGUAAAAUUGUCUAUACAGAGUAAAACAAUAAAAUAGGGUGCAUUAGGGUACAGUGUGACUUAAUGGGUUAAAAUUGGCACAUGAAUAAAUGCUGUUGUAUGUGCCAUAGUAGUUUUAUAACGUGUAUAAUAAUGUAAAUUUCUCGUUUUUAUAUAGCAAUGGUUUGUUAUUAUUGCCUGGUGCUCAGCCUUCAUUAGGUGGAACCUCAGGUAAUUAAAAUGCUGCAAAGCCUCAGCAAUAUGCAACAGAGCACAUGCACAAAUUCAUGAUCCUGUUUUUUGUCAAACCAAUUAAGGUCAUAUUUUAAAGAUGACUGCCAGUCACUAACGAACUGAAUGAUCCAAGUGUCUGUAGAUUAUCAGUACACAAUAUAAUGUACACAAUAAACCUUGCUGUUUGUAAAAUAAACAUUGCAUUUCGUGGGUUUUCUUCAGCUAACUGAAUUGCAUGUGCAACUAUCAUGAUGGUUUUGUUUCAGGAAUGUUGGGUUAUGGCAUGGCUAAAGCUGCUGUUCAUCAACUAAUCAAGGGCUUGGGGCAGAAAGAGAGUGGUUUGCCUGCUGGAUCAAUUGCUGUCGCUAUCUUGCCGUACGUCUCUUUAAUAAAGUUACUGAAAAAUGAGCAUACAUUACAGUACUGUAGAGGCGGACCAUCUGUCUGACUUGACGGAAUCUUAGUGUAAACACCAGGCAAACAGUCCAGACAAACUAGAGUACAGUGUACCUAGAAUAGUGUGAUCUAUACUGGCAACGGUUGAAGCAAAUCAUGCCAUCCAAUGCUGUCAUGACGUAUCUUGCCAAGUGAUCAACCUGUUUGCAGUGUUCAUGCACAGACAAAUUAUCAGAAAACAUAUCUUUUUUACAUGUCAAGUUUAUCCACACUGAUUAUCCGUCUCUAAAAUAAAUGCAGCCAAUGUGUCGCUUUGGUACAAAUGGUGCAUAUUUACGUUCUUUUUCUUAUUUAGCAUGACGCUGGAUACUUCUAUAAAUCGUAAAAAUAUGCCUAAUGCUGACUUUACUAGUUGGACUUCCCUUGAAUAUAUCGCAAGGUAAAACGUUUUUGAAAUAGUAAAUGCAUUCUUGUGGUAAAAAACAGGCAUUAAUACGGAGAAGAACCCGACUAUGCGAACUUGAUGGCUGAUAUUGAAGAAUGACUACCAGCCCAUUUAGAAUGAACCACAAAUGGUCAGCAAUUGAAGACUUGUUGAAAAGCAACACUUUACUUUCUAUAGCUUGCUCUUCAAUUGGAGUGAAGGGAAAGAGCGACCAGAAAGCGGCAGCUUGGUUAAACUCAUCACUAAAGACAGCACAACCACGACAGAAGUGCAUUCUGGGGAACUGUUACAGUAACAGACUUCAGGUACACGUGAUGUAUGACGUCACGAAUGAAAUUGGGUGAAGCCAGUAUAUGGUAGGAUUAUUUGAUAGUCUAUUAAUAUUGUAAUGUAGUUUUGUAAACAAGAUGUCUGGUUCUAUUUUGGGAUGUCAGUAAAGUGUUGUAGUGUUAUGUAGUAAAGUGAUUUUUUUCUGCCAUAUACUGGUAAUAAUGAUGUAUGUUUUGGGUUUUUAAAAAAAAAACGGUGCCAUCAUAAACAAACGUCGUAUGCAUGAAAACUAGCAUGCGUUGUGGUGCUCGGGCGGGGGGGCGAGAGACCGGAGAGGCCAGGGGGGAGGUGAGAGAAAGUAGUGGAAGAAACUGACUUCUCUACAAAGGCAACUGACUACUGUCCUACCACACGCUACAUGAAAACAGGCCACGAACGUUUCGCGAGAAACCUUUCACGUGAAUAAAGGACUUUAAUUUUUGAAAGAUCUUUUUGUUUUUGCCCUAAGUUGUAGUUUCGAGUCACCCUGAGAUCGAUAUUUCGAAUAGUUAUGUCCGCAAAGGCGAAUGUUUUUCGACGAGAGUGCGAGGGUCACUGUUUGAAAUUAGGACCGACUGUAGUUAAACAUGGUUAAGGAGUUAAAAAGCGUCCGUUAUAAGGCACUUUCGAAUGGCAUUGAUACUACGUAUAUAUUAUUUGCAUUUAGAUUUAUUUGUUUUCAGCAAUGGCACAUAAGGAAGCCUCUUUCAAAAGGGAGCCUCUUUCACAACCAUGGGUGUAUUACCCCUUAAAAUAGUUUCUCCAUCAUGAAAAAGGCUGUUCACAAAAAGCGCGUGCACCCAUGUUUUGAGGGGCGCGUUGGACGUGCAUGCGCGUUCGAUCAAACACCUUUCCUGACAAGGCCCAAAGUUUUUAUAAAAGCCAUGCAAAGACUGUUGUUUAAUUAAAGUUUUUGUUGAUUUAUGUGUCUCGUGUGUAUUUUGUUUAAACCUAUUUUUUUUCAACUAUUCAACAUAUAUCACUACAGUAUAUAUGUGUUUAAUCUGUUUGCGGAAAUUAUGAAAGAUUUUUGAUACGACUCGUCGUUCAACAAAGAGUUUAUGUAAAGAGAAAAGAGAAAAGUUUAAAAAUAGAUUAUUAUUAUUUAAAAAAAAGAUGUCAAUGUUAGCCCUCUCCUAAAAGUGUACAUCCAGGGCUGUAGCGACGCAGGGUGUAGGUAGUGUAACCAGGGCUCAAAUUUUAUCGCGGCAAUUGCCGUAGAGGGAGAACAAAAUGCCAUGGAUCAUUGCGGCAACGACGGCAAUUUUUUGCCGUAUAGUGCAAUUUUUAUACUAUUCACUGUGCAUUACUAUUUUCAUACUUGAAUUCAGAUGUUGAUCAAAUCAUGCGUAAAUCACUAUUUUAGUCUAUUCUAGCUUGUCAAAAAUCCAAAGUAACAAUAAAAUUAAAGUUUUAUUACAGUAAUUUGAACUGAAUGCUGUGGAAACUGUCAAAAUUGCCGUAGACAGCUGUUACGUUCUACGGCAAUUUUUAACGCCAUUGCCGUCGACUGAUUUCAGGGAAAUUCGAGGCCUGAGUGUAACACUCCACUGAGUAAGUUACAUCCAGGGCUGUAGCGACCCAGGGUGUAGGUAGUGGUGUUCCCACUGAGUAAGUUUAGGUAUAAAAUUUCGAGGUGAUUUACUUUCAGGUAAAGUGUAACAGCAUGCACAACUAAAAAAGGCAAGUUAAAAGUGCCACAAGCCAAGAAUGCCAACUUGUAAAUGUUUUUCCGGCUUUUCUGAGGGUCUAAAUAUUCAAAAUAAUUUCUCGGGGGAAUAUUCCCCGAAGCCCAUAGAAGAUUUAGCUCCGUAUCCAUUAUGCUAAUAUAUAUUAUGAAAAACCACAUUAAAUUUCAAACACUGCUUUUAGGUAACGUAAAACGUAAUUAAAAAGUCAGGUAAUUUGACCCUUACCUCCCCCUCCAAACAUCAAAAUGUUCGCUACGCCCCCCAUCUUAUAGCUUUUCAAAGUUGUCUCAAAUGGGAUUUUCACACGAUUCGACUCAUGAAAACAUUUUUUAGUUCGUACAAUUUGAAUUUUUAAAAUUCCAAUUUAAUGAAUGUGAUAUACGUUCGUCUGUGAAAGACCAUUGUUGUUCAGUUAUACUGUACUCGUACAAUAUACUCAAUAUACUAAAAAGCCCAUAUUUGUACCUCCCACGUUACUUUUACUCCUUCGCGCUUUGACAGAUUAUUGCACUUUUUGUAUGACUUCAGUAUGUGGCUCAAAUACACAAGGCCAGCAGAAACUGAGUGGGUGGUGGGGGGGCGGAAGGCAACCGAAGGGAUCCUCAGCUAAGGGGCGGACUAUUAGAAAAGUGAUGGGAGGCGGGGGGGGGGCGAAGCAAAAAUAAAAAUCGCGGUGGGGAAACAGAAAGAAGGAAAAAAUUCGUGCACCAAAAAAGUUUGAAAAAAAAAUUCGUGCAGAGAGUUUUCAACAGGGAAAUCUAUGAGUUGAAAUAAAAAAAUUCGUGCAAGGGAUAUAUAUAUUUAAAAAAAAUUAUCGACACAAGCAAAAAAUGUUAAAAAAAUAUUCGUAUAUGUUGAAAAAGUCCCCCCCCCCCCCCCCCCCCCCCCCCCAUCACGUUUCUAAUGUCCACCCUAAGGACUGUAAAGCUUUUGAUAAAUGCUCUCGAGACAUUCGCCAGUUAGUGUCUCCCAAGCCCAACAGUUUCUCAUCAGAUUUGGAAGAACUGAAAAAUUGGUCAUGUGGAAAAAUGGAGGGGGGGUGUUCCAGACCAAUCCCCUCGUUGUGAUGUAGUUGAUGCAUCGACCCGAGUUGAAUAGUAUAGCGCUAACCCUCUGAAUAGUAUCUGAAUAGAAUAGUAUAGCGCUAACCCAUUUUCAGCGGAUUUUAAGAGUCAUUUGUUAGCUUUAUUUGGGCAUUUUGUGGAAAUUUUUUUGAUUUUGAAUUAGGACUUCUUGCUGUGCGCUUUGAUUGUACAUAUACGACAUUCAAUUUGAGAUUGAAAUUCAAACGAAAACAAGAGCUAAAACAUUUUUCAAAGUUCAUUAAGAACAUUGUUUAAGUUUUAUAUAAAAUCAUUGAUUAAAACUAAUUAACACAAAGUUUUAUUAAAUAUGACUUUUGCCUGUCAUGUUUUGAUAAAAUCAAUUAAAAAAAAAACAUCUGCUGCUUAAUUGACAUAGUGAAAAUAUUCACUUAUUUAACAUAAAAGAUGGAUUUUUUGUAAACUCUGCGUGUGUAAGGACAGGCUUCAUGAUUAUGAUACAACCAGCUAGGUUUGAAGCCCGUAAAUUGUAGUCUUCGCUCUACGUAACUGUCACCUAACAUCCAGAACUGUUUAAGUACAGUAAAAUCCCGCGUGUAUAAGAACCUAUACAGUACUCUACAGUAUGUUUCAGAUCAGGGUGAAAAGGCUCUUACUUAUUUCAAAUCAGAAUAUUAAGUUGUAUCUCAUAAUGUCUGCACUCUAUAAUAGUCGGGUUGGUGUGUAAAUCAGUGGCAAGUUUCAGGCUGUAUAGGUUGAACCUAUGUAUAUUUAUUUUAUAUAUAUAGUGAAAUUAUUCACUUUAUUUUCUACACUAGAAGUCAAGUUAUACUGUGAAAUGCGCACAAACUACAGAACUACGUUGGUCUGUGCUAUCGUUUAAGUUGAGGUCUUUUGUAUCAAAGAUUUGUCCAUUGCAGUCAUUAAACACACUGGAAGCGGUACUUAUCCGAGACCUCUGGAUGUAAAACGAUGACACACUCUCCCUCCGCAUGAGAUUAGGAUCUUGACAUUUCAACAGCUGUCUAAAAGUUGUCCUGAUCUCCUUAUUCCUCCAACUGUAUAGCACCGUGUUAAAACAACUGUUCAAAAAACCAGCAGUUAAUAACGGGUUAGCACAACUUUGUUCCAGUCGCAUUCCAGUUACGGCUGACACUAUGAGACCAGAGCCAUAGGGCAACCAAGCUAGUGUUAAAACUGCCAGGAUAAUUGCAAUGGUUUUUGCCGCCUGCCGUUCCUUGCUGUAAGCCAGCACAGAGAAACUAUAACGCCGUACCUGCUGUUUACGACGACGCACGAAGCGAUGACUCACAAUGUACAUAUGUGUAUGAGCGGAAAUCAUUAUUAAAUAGCAUACGGCAAAAUACACGAAUGUUAUGCAUAUCCAUGUUUUCGUUUCUUCAAAAACAUAAGACAACACCGCGUAGGCAGCAGCUAGGACCCACGUUAGUGCCAUAAUCCCUAAACCACGACGCUUCGUCAAGAUCGUCCUCUUUUGCAAUGGGUACUUGAGGACUAUGAGUCUAUCAAUAGAGAUUGUCGUUAUGUUCAGUAUCGAGGCCAUGCACGCGAAGUACGCGAUCAUACUGUACGCUUUAUCCAGUACUUUCAAACAUUCUCCUCGCAUCGAGAAUAUAUUGUGAGCGAUAAAUAACGGUUGUGUGACGGCAGUAACCAACAGAUCUGCCGUGCUAAGACUUAAGAGAAAAUAAUUUGACAGCGUUUGCAGUUGAGUGUUCUUUAAUACAGCAAACCAUACAAGCAUAUUUGCAAAUGUCCCAAGUAAGCUUCCUAUAAUGUUGAUGAGAAUCACCGGGUAGCCAAUGAUCUUAGGAAAUUGACAGUAUUCGGUCGUGGAGGUGUUUAGUGACUCCAUGCUUGCUUCCUAACUCUCGUACGUGCGUUUCUGUUCAGCUGCUCUGCGACUGAUAAGUCUUGUGUUGAACGGACGAAUUUAUCUCUUUGGCUUUUAAUCAAAGUCUUUUGGCUAAUAUAAGACCUCGCAGCUCAACUUCUUUGCCUUUGUUGAAUUUGUGUCCAGAAAAUACUCUUCUUUAUGUGAGAAACCCUUUCGAGACAAACCCAGCCUCUGAACUAAUUAAAACUCUUUACGGCAAUCUUUAAACAUAUCUCACACAGAUUACGGAAGUGAUUUCACUCAGGUGAUACUUGACUUUUAACCAACUCUUUGGCAUUUGCUCUACCGUGAAAUUCUUAAAGAAAUGAAUUUUGUUUCGUUUCUUAACAUGUGUAGUUUUCUUGGCGACGAGAUGUUUGAUUUAAAAUGAGCUGCCUGUCAUUCUGUCAAAUCGUGACAGCUUUGUAAAUCUAGCUUGCAAUGCAGUUGCGUGGAUUGUUUAUAUUCAAAUAGAGGAAAUGAAAUUUUAGUCCUAUCCAAACGUAGAUCAGCAGACAAACGCUUGAUUCGUGAAUUGCAUUUAUUGACAUGGAAACGAGUCUGUCUCCUUUACGCAUGCAAGACCCAUUGUUAAUAGUUUUUCCAUAUAUAAUAAAAUAGCAGGUCUAGAGAUGAAAGAAGAUUAGAUCAAAAAGCACACAAGUUAGUAACAAUGUUGGCUGAACGUCAUGCAACAAGGUUGCAAUAUUUGAUUUAACUGCAUAUUUUUUAAAUCAAGUGGGUAGAAUAAUUAAGAUAAUAAUUAAGAUUUACCCAAAUUGAAAAUCUGCAAGUUCUUUAAAAUAUUUACAAAAGAAACAUUUUAAUUGUUGGAUGGUGUUGCGCCAAUAGUGUUCGGUCCGUUUGAAAGGGCAGAACGUCUAUAUCGUGAAAAGGCCAGCUGUAGAAGCAUUUUUCGUACUUAAGAAAUGUGUGUUGAAGUUCUGUGCUUUCCUCAAAAUAUGCAAACUGUAUAGGAUUUGCAUAUUUUUUCAUUGGGAAAAGUGAUGAGAUUUGGACCACCAGAAACGGGAUUGGCUGUGGGCCGGGUGACUGGCAUUCAUACAAAGUUUGGCUGGGAAAAUCCCAGAAACUUUGGUCCUUGAAUCCUUGAAUCCCUCCAUGGUAUAUUCAGUUUUUUCACAUGAGCUGAAAAAUCAACAAUGCAUAUACCGAAGGAAUGAACCCAAGUGACAGAGAUGAAGCCAUUGUGUUACCAUUGGCAUUGCACCAACAUCUCAUGAACGUUUCGACAUAGUGGCCUUUUACAGAGGCUCGUUAAGGAAGAGGCGGUCUCAAUCCCAUUUUCUCAAGCAAACUUUCGUGUGAAUUCAACUCACGAAUCAUUUGCCAAAGCCAUGGGCGGCGGGUUGACUACAAACGUUUGUAGUUCGUUACAGCUACUUAAAACAGUCAAUUAAAACUACUGUUACUUGCCAAGAAAAAAACUUGACUAUAGCUAUCUCUCAUGCAUCAUGACUUGACAUGUGUACAAUAAAUACUUGGAAAAGAUUAUUUCGCUGGCCUCAGAGUGACAAAACGUAACAAAGCAACGGUUUUAGUAACAUUAACCCUACUCCAAACACCAACUCUAACCCUGAUCCUAACCCUAACUUAACCUAACCCUACUCCAAAUUUGUUUCCAAACCAAUCUUGAAGAAAAACGUUUUGACGAAAUGUCAUUCUGAGGUCAGCGAAAUAGUUGAUGCCUAAAUACUUGUAUGGUUUUGGCAAACACUUAGGCAGCCUGGACGCCAGAUAAAUGUUUUACAACAUUCCGUGCACACAAGCAACAAAAGGUGUCAAGGAAACCUUGUUGACCGUACACACGAGAGGGUAAACUUGUCAAAGAAAACUUCUUCAUCUGUACGAGCCGUUAUUCCUUCACGACCCGCUUUACAGUUUAACCGGAUUAUGUAUUUGCAACAGAUUAUUUUCUGUGUGUUUCGUGAUUUUCAUGGCGAGAUGAAUAAGUGCCGACUGCAGUCCAAUAUAACUGUGCCUCCCAAAAGAAUUAGAUUUUAUCUUCUUUUUAAGAGCACUUGUCACGCCAUCUUUAAAUACCUGUAGCUCUUGCCACACCCUUGGCUCAGCUUUUCAAUAUAUUUAAUUUGUUUUAUUAAAACUUUAUAUUCCUGGCAGCAUGAAUCCAAAAAUACAAAUUUCCUGUGUCAACUAUAAAACUUCCUGCUUGUAGAUUUCAGAGAAUGUAUGGUGCGGCACAUUGUCAUCAAUAUCGAAACAAUUGGCAUUUCAGUAUCUAUAAGUAUAAGAUGACAAAAAUUUCCUGCUAAGUGUAAGAAUAUUUCCUGCGAAGAUAUUUUGUUAAAACUGAUUUCCUGGCACUUGUGGCAGCGGUAUUGGUGGCUGCUGCCUGGACAUUUUCCACCACUGAUAUAUUGUUUGUCUUGAAGUUAGCCUGAAACAGCCGCAUAUUUCUGUCACCCACCCUAUAUCUUGAAGUGUGCUUUUCAGUUUUGCCCUAUUUUGUAUGUACAUGCUCAUGAGAAUGGAAAAGUUAAAUCCGUCCGGAUAUACAUUUACGUAAUACCUAUUAAAUGACGUAUAUUCAUUAGUAUAUUUAAAUGUGUGGAUGUGAGAACGCGCGACUAGAAAACAUCCUCGAUCAUGCUCACGACAAUAGGGCUGAUCUUAAACAUCUUUGUUUACAGCGACAAAAUACAAGCAAUAAAAUGUGUACAACAAGCAGAUUUCAAUUAUAUGCAUGAGGAUUAUGCAUUAACAUGCGUUCAAGUCAGCUGUUGUUGCUCCUAUAUUAGUUCAUCAUACUGAUACACUCGUUUUGCAUUUCUUUAUAAAAAAUCUUUCAGUAACAACUUUGCUCCCAACGGAGCAUGCGUGUAGCAGGCCCGAUCAGGUUUCAGGUAUAUUGGUAUUUAGACUAUUUUACUUUUGGUAUACAGUAUUUUAUUGUUAAAAUAGCCGUUGAAAUAUGGGUAUAUAAUAUCCUACAUUUACCCAAGAUUGAGUACUCAGGCAGACAGACGUAGCCUGGAAUUUUAGGUAUACUGGUAUGUUGAGCUAGUAUUAUCGAGUACAUUGGUAUUGUGGUAAUCCGGCCAUGGAGAGUCAAGCCAGUUUUCUCUCAUUUGACUCUGCACUGGGCAUGCAAAUAUCACGUCCAAAUGUACCUGAAAACGUACAUGUCAAGUCUUGUAGUCCAUAUAUUGCAUUUUCAAUGUACAUCUUUUCGGAAUAUUUUUUUUAAUAUUUUUUUUCAAAUGAAUUUCAGUAUGUUAGUACUGUACAAUAAACAGUCGGAAAAGUCAUGAUACCUUAAAAAAGAUUAUGAAUACCUUAAAAAAGAUUAUGAAUACCUCGACGUUUCGAGCAAAAGCGAAGGUCGUUCAUCUAGAAGCCAGUAGCCUUGACUACUAACAUCAUGACGAACGAUCGUUGCUCGAAACGUGAUUUCAAGUGGCUGGAUUAAAACCACGACAGUCCACAGCUACCUCCUUCUUUACAGAUUACAUAUCAACGUUCACUUAUUAACAUCAAGGUUUUUGUUUUUCAGUUAAAGCUGGAAAUGCAUGCAUACAUAUGAAGAUUUAGGUAAAACUGGAGUUUCUGUUCUUAUAGUAGACGUAUAUGAAGUUGCCUGAAGCCAUUUUGAUACUGGUAGUGAUCAUAAAGACGUUUCCGUCGAAUCUUCUGUUAGUUCAAUAUAAACGCGUGUGGUCUUAGAUAUAUUCACAAGUACCCUCUUGCGUUACGAAGUGGCUUUUAUGCAAUAUUUUUAGCAUUUGUUUGUUUCCAACAUUUUGCCCGCUGUGUAUUCGACUCAUUUUAACUACAAAGGCUUGAACGUGCAGGGGACCAUUGUAGAUCAAUGUUCUACAAUAAGUUGCCACAUAGUUUGUCUUUAAAAAACCUAAAACCAAUCAAGCACACCUAGACUUUCGGCUAAGACCCCCCGGCAAGAACUGAAAAGAUCCCUCUCUGACCCUGCAGGGUGGUAACAUUACCAAUAAAAUUAUUUAGCAUUCAUAAACGAAGUAUAAACUCGUUUGCAUAGUCGUUCAACGUACAGAUUUUCUGUUUUUAUGUGAUGGUGUCUAGAGUGAUGCGUCUAAAAAAACACGUGUAACAAUCGUUUAAAAAUCUUCCAUGUUGUCACUUUGUCAUGAUGGGAGCCCCCAGCAGGGCCGCCGAGAGGGGGGGAAUUGCCCCGGGCCCCCGCCAACCUCUCGGCGGCCCUGGCCCCCAGGCGACUCCCAUAGGAGUUACGCCAUUGUGGAAAGACUUUAAGCGAAGACCCUAAGAAGUUGGUACUAACUUUCUUAAUGUUUUCAUCCAUUCAAUUGGUAUCUUUUAUAGGAUAGUGAUUGCACCAGAGUCGAAAAUCUAAUUCACGGACACCUAUGGAGAUGUCCGCUUUACAGAAGCGCCAUCUGAAUGAAGCAGCAAACUAAACGAAUAUAUACAUAGACGGGUGUUGUUUGGGAACUUGAAUAAACGUCCGUUAAGUAGAGCCUCUAAUUCACCCUCGUCGUGCGUGAUCUCGUCACGCGUGCCCUCGUCAUGCGUGGUGUCGUCAUGCGUGCCCUCGUCAUCGUCGUCAUGCGUGGUCUCGUCAUGCGUGGCCUCGUCAUGCGUGGUCUCGUCAUGCGUGGUCUCGUCAUGCGUGGUCUCGUCAUGCGUGGCCUCGUCAUGCGUGGCCUCGUCAUGCGUGAUCUCGUCAUGCGUGGCCUCGUCAUCGUCGUCAUGCGUGGUCUCGUCAUGCGUGGCC